CGCGCGUUUUGCGUUUGCUCCACAGCACUGCUAUCGCAACAAUAACACAACUAAAAUACGAUUCAUUUUAACAGCUUCUUCUUGUUUAUAGUAAAGCGAUAUUUCGCUGCGUCGGUUGGUUAAACCAGUGCGUUGAGGUUUUACUGAAACCAAAGAAUAAUACAGAAUACCCUAGAAUAAUCAAGGCGCUUUGUUGAAACAUAAAUGGGACUCACGAGACAAGUUUGUUGACAGCAUUUUCUUGAUCAAUGUCAUCACAAGAGAAACCCAAAGUGGUGCUGCUGGCAUGUGGGUCCUUCAACCCCAUCACAAACAUGCACCUGCGUAUGUUCGAACUGGCUAGGGAUCACCUCGAAGACACUGGAAGAUACAGAGUGGUGAAAGGCAUAAUCUCUCCAGUUGGAGACGGCUACAAAAAGAAAGGUCUGAUUGAAGCCUGUCAUCGGUUAGAGAUGGCUAGACUAGCCACGCUGAACUCUGAUUGGAUCACAGUGGAUGACUGGGAGAGCCAGCAGCCGGAGUGGGUGGAGACAGCCAAAGUAGUUCGGCACCAUGCAGAAUGCGUUUUCAGCGAGAACGACAACGACGAUGUGGAUACGGUGAGGUGUGGGAAGAGGAGAAAGCUGGAACAAAAUAAAAUCAUCUCUCAAACCUCAUCUUAUAUUAGCACAAAAGAAGACACCCCUCAUCUGAACCUCCUGUGUGGUGCUGAUGUGCUGGAGUCAUUCGGUGUCCCCAACCUUUGGAAGCCAGAGGAUAUUGAGGAGAUAGUGGGUCGCUAUGGUGUGGCGUGCAUCACCAGGUGCGGCAGUGACCCUGAGAAGUUUGUCAAUCAGUCUGAUGUGCUGUACAAACACCGUAAGAACAUCCACAUGGUUCGGGAAUGGGUGACCAAUGAGAUCUCGGCCACCCAUGUGCGCCGUGCCCUACGCAGGGGACAGAGUGUCCGCUACCUGCUGCCUGACCCCGUGCUGCGCUACAUUCAGGAUCACGGUCUGUACAGUGCUGAGAGCGAGCAGAAGAAUGCUGAUGCUAUCCUCGCCCCUUUUCAGAGAUACAGCACCUCUAAUUAGACUGAUGUUCUGCUGCUUUUCAUCCAGUUUCUUAUUCUGUUCGUGAUCUCUGAUGGAGGGCUGGUCUGUUUCCCACAGAACUUCACUGACACUUGAUUGAUGGUUAAUUUUGCUUGCUUGAACUCAUUUGGUUGUGAGCGAUUGCUUUGGAUUGUAUCAUGAAAGAUUCAGAUUGAUAAAUAAUAUAUUAAAAAUAUAAUUUCAUUUGAUUUAAUUGAUUUAAUGCUGUCAAAUGAUUAAUCACAUCCAACAUAAAAGUUUUUGUUUGCAUA